AUGUUCCACCAAACCCUAGCGCAGUCCGAGAGACCGACGACGGUCAGACUCAGUACGAGCAACUUCUUCGAUGCUUGCACAGAUAUAUCGUGGGGCUCUUCGCAGGCCAAAUUUGCACCACUCUCCGACGAAAUGGACAUAAAAACGCAAGAGGCUCUCAUAACAUUUGACCUCCUACAUGCUCUACUAGGAUACGAAGGAACAUACAUCAGAUUUAGCGAGAGAUUUAAUAAGAAUGUAUUGCAUGACCGUAUCCAUGGACCAGAUCAUAAGGUAGCUAAACACCUAGACGUGAGCCUCAAAUCUAUAACCAAAAAGCUCCUACGGUACGGGAAGUAUCACAUGGGACUCAAAGCAUUUGCUGAAAUGUACGAACACUCGCUAUUUGGCAAGGUCAACCAGAGACUAUGCUGGCAAAUCAGAGCACUACUAGCGGAGUACAGUCAGAUGGUGGCUCAACAAGAACAAUCAUUUCACAGAAUGGCCACGUUUUCGCUACGAACAAUGGACAAUGAAUUGAGCGAGAAGUUCGCAGACAAACUCCGCCAUAUGUAUGAGAUAGCUUGCACAGUGCACGGCAUCACCGAGGAACGUAAUCCAUCCUUUCGUGACGCAAGUGCAGUUCCCGAAACGAUUGCAUUGGACCUCGCAGGUCGAGGAACCAAAUUUGAUGCAUUUUUGGAUUCUGUUAGAAGCGAUAUCAUGCUCAACGGAAGCGCCGAAGUGUCCUCGGACUUUGAACCAUACUCCGUGUGCAAAGGCGGCCUAACUUUACGCGUGGUUCAGAACAGAUUAUAUCAAUUCAAAGGUGAUCCUAUCUCUUCUCAAUAUCUUGCUUCAGUAUUCGAGGAUAUCAGCAAAGAUUACCUCAAAUCACUCAACUUGUGGCUCUCGGCGGGUGAUAUUGAGGAUCCAUUUGCCGAAUUUUUUGUUAGAAGAAACGAAUUGCCUCAGAACCUUUUUUAUUCCAACAUGGAGAAGUAUUGGCAUGAACUUUAUGUCAUCAAGAGUGAUGGCAUUUUAGACCAGUUCGAAAAUAAGUCCAUUCAAACAAAGAUAUUGUUGACAGGAAAGUAUCUCAACAUUUUCAAGCAAUGCACUGAGAAUGCUCCGAUUGAUUCUUUACCUGCUUAUCUCUUGAAAAUGCCCCAGUCACCACAAAUCGAGAGUCUCUUCGCACCUGAUUUGGCUCUUCUUGUAACGCAAUUUUAUGAUCGAGCCAACUAUCUACUACUCAAACUCUUAUUUGAAGGCUUUUAUUUAAAGGAGAUUUUACAGAGCUUACACCAGACUUUUUUAAUGGCUGAUUCUUCCAGGGUCGAUACCUUCUUGGACCGUAAGCUUCAUGAAUUGAGCCGAGGCAAGACCGGCUCAUCAAUUGUUGCCCCUACAAUCGCGUUCAAUGACAUGGUUUUAUCAAAAAAAGACGAAUGGAAUGCACUCGGUCUUGACAUUGAAGGCACAGAGGCGCAAAUUAGCAUACCUGGGAUCUUACAACAAUUUGAAUCGUUCUCUAUCGACUCCAAGAGCUUUUAUGAUAUUGCAGAGGAAAUUCUAGAAAUCAAAUCAUUUGAUGCUGAAAAACUCAUCCCAGCGCACGAGAACGCUUCCGUGGCAAUUAGGAAGAUAGUAACGCAGUCCUUACAAAAACGACCAGAACUGACAGAAACGGACAGACUGGCUCCAGCUGAGUCUUUCGAAGACGCUAUCAUUGCUGGAGUCAACAUUGAUAUAAGAUUGCCUUUCCCACUCAAUCUCAUUUUGAAAGAGAACUUUUUGUUCGAGUAUCAGCUCAUGUUUAAAUUCCAGAUGAUGCUCAAAUACACAGCAAAAUUCAUCGAUCAUAUUUGGCAGUCGGCGAGUUCCUCAAUAGCUUGGAGGAGCAAAAGCCACUUGAAGUCUGUGCAGAAGCUCAUUCUUCGGUGUCAGAUUCUAGUAUCGCGGAUGAAAAGCUUUAUCAAUGCUAUCGAAGAUCAUGUUGCUUUGUCAAUAGUUGACACAAAUUAUUCUAUUCUUCAAACUCAAUUACAGAAAUGCCUGGAAUGGACACGCAACGGCAUUGCCAAUACGAAUGCCCCGCAUGUGAGUAGCUCCAAUUUUCUAAGCGAAGAUACACAGUUUCUUAUGAGCCAUGGAAGCAAUAAUAACGACGUAUUCGACGAAAAGAUCUCUAAGACCCAUUCUCGCAAGGCAAUGGGUAUGAACUCUGAGAAGGAGCUGGCUGUAAAUGGAGUGAUUCCUCUUGGCGAGCAUUUGGGUCUAUUUCUCAGCAAUUCACUUCGAGAUUUGAUGAUUACCGAUGGGAAUCUUUUGCAACAUAUACGCAAAUUGCUUAACGAGAUUGUGGAUUAUUCCAGUACUGUAAGCAGAUUGAAGAAAAGCCUUAUUCUGAUGAAUGCAGACUUGCUACAAAACUAUUCCCAGCGAUUCCCGGAUAAAUUUGGCACUAUUGAAAUCAGCGAAGUAAUAGUCGAGCAAAGAGUUGCGCGCUUGAAUGAGGUCAUGACUUGGAACUGGAGCAGAUUCAACAAUUCUUUGAGCGAGUUCACGCAAGAGUUGCAACGGGCGGGUGCCGAGAACCCAGCGAUGCAGUCAUUAGCAGAGAAGUUAGCUCUUAUCUGA